GCCUGACAGUGCUGUCACGAUGUUCAAGCAGCUUUUCACUCUUCAACAACAACAACAACAACAACAACAACAACAGAAUCCUACACGCAGUUUUCCAGACUCCUAAGACGUAUCCUAUCACCAACAUAGCGGCCAAACGACCCUUCGCAUUGUACAAAUGUCACGCCGAAAGUCUCUUUUGAUCGGCAUCAACUAUACCGGCAGCGACAACGCACUGAACGGCUGCCAUGAAGACGUCAACAAUGUGGCCGAAUUCAUCAAGUUUCGAGGCUACCAGGACGUUCCACAAGAUCAGAUUGUACUCCGCGACGACUUGGGAGAAGAAUACUCGCCGACUGGACACAAUCUACUAGCCGCAAUUGAUUGGUUGGUCAGUGAAGAGCAUACCACCUGUUUCUUCCACUACUCCGGACAUGGCGGUCAGGUCGACGAUCCAAACGGCAAGCGUCCCUCAGGUCUACUGGAUACCAUUGUGCCCGUCGACUUCGAGGACAAUGGCCAGAUUGACUCCGAUACACUCCACAAGCAUCUCGUGACCAAGCUCCCACCAAGCAGCACUUUGUUCCUCAUUCUCGACUGCUGCCAUUCCGGCUCGACCUUGGAGCUACCAUUUGUCUAUCGCAGCGACGAUGACGGCAAUGUCCACAAGAUCGACGGCUUCGCAGCAGGAGCCGCUCUCCUGAAAGAAGCGAAACAUCUGAUCUCCGGCGGGUUUGGUGAGGAUAAUGAAGCUCGGGCACGAGAUCUCUACGGCGGAGCCACCGCGUUCCUUCGCAGCAUGAGACACCAUCGACAGCUAUCAAGUCUUGCCACGGACGACUUCACUCAAGAUCAUCCAAACGACAGGAAGAUGAUCACGAUGUUUUCCGGAUGUAGAGAUGACCAGACCAGUGCCGAUGCGCAGAUAAACGGUGUCAGCGAAGGAGCCAUGAGCUGGGCAUUCCUCGAAGCCACAAAGAUCAACGCGGAUCCAACUUACAGGGAGGCCCUGCACCUAACACGGGCCAUGUUGAAAGACUCUCAGUACACUCAGGUCCCUCAGCUUUGCGUAGGUAUGGAGAUGGAUCUGGAUCAGCACUUCAUGAUGUGACUUUGACUCAGACUGCCAAUAGUGUCAUGUCGGAGAGGUCGGCGUUCUGGUUCUCGUGUUUUACUCAUUAGAAACAUUGUUUGUUCGCUUCAAUGCCCCUCGAUAUUCAAUCUUGCGUCAUGGUGGCUUGUCGAAGAUCUUAGUCCUAGUAAUCUCACCUUUGAUGUCUUUUUUGUUGGCUAACAAAGAAGGUCUCGUUGGCUAUACGUAC